AUGAACUGGGCCGUUGGAUCUUUGUUCAAGACGAGAGCCACACUGUUGCCGAGAUUGAUGGUCUACAUCAAACAGCAUAAACCCCGUCUUCUAUUUUUGCACGAUAACGACAGCAGUGCGCUGGCUUGCCAUAAUAGGUGUCUGGGUGCUCUGUUCAUUCUCUUGAUAGGGCAAAUCAGGCUCGCAUCAGGCAUUCAAUAUGGAGACCAACAAGACCUGGACCAGCUGUAUGAAAUGGAACACGAGUCGAGCUCGCUGGCACAGUUACGGCCUGUACCGAAACUUGGAGCGAAGAGGCAUCCUCCCUGCUUCAUUAUCGAGUCCUUGGAGUGGAGUUUUGAGACACUUGUCUCCGAUAGCUCGGGAAAACGUCUGAUGAGAGCUGUUCGAGUCAACACGGUGGACCCUGAUCCGUAG